CGGAAGUUGCGCUGAACGGCAAGAGCAGAGCGUCCACCCUGUCACUGCCUGUACAUAUCACAUCCAACAUCAUAAUGCCGCCGAGGUUACGACUCCACGCCAGCAAGCGCUUGCGCCUUUCCACACCCAACGCCGCAUACCCUUCAUGUCAAUGCCGGUACGCUUCUCUGGCCACUGCCACCACUCCGGCCGCUUCAAUUGAGUCGACAAUCCAUGCCUCAUCUCCCAUCGCUCGCCAUCCUCCUACUCAACCUCCGCCAUACAAGCCUGCCGAGUUCCGCAAGACACAACUCCACCGUCUCUACACAUCACUGAUCCGCUCGUCACCUUUGAUGCUGGUCUUCCAACACAACAACCUCAAAGCUUCUGAGUUCUCAGGAAUUAGAAGACAGCUGAAUUUCGCUCUGCAGAAGGUCGACGCCGAGUUGGGCACUGAGGCCUCGCCUUCAGUUGUAGGCAAAUACACCGAGCUUCAGAUUGUCCAAACCGGCAUCUUCGCCUCUGCCGUCAAGGUCGCAGAAUCUUUCAACCCAGAACUUUUCCCCGACACUCCCAGGACGCAUCACCCCCAAGAUCCUGCCACAAACACUUCCACCACUCUCAACACCAAGCCUGCUAGCCCUCAGUUCACCCACAGCUUGUCAAAGUCAGCAUGGAAGACUGCUAGGAGUGCGAAGGUCCAGACUGGUCUUGAACCUUUGUUGUCCGGCCCUCUGGUUGUCCUCACGUUCCCCCUGGUCUCGCCCCAGCACUUGAAGGCUGCCAUGACCAUUCUCUCGCCUUCAGAGGCUUUCCCUGCUCCUAAGAGAAAGGCAAACCCAGGCCUCUAUGAGCCUGGAAUCCAGAGCGGUCUCCAAAAGCUUAUGCUGCUUGGUGCGCGUGUUGAGGGCAAGGUCUUCGAUCUUGACGGCACCAAAUGGGUCGGUGGCAUCUCUGGCGGUCUCGACGGCCUCAGAGCCCAGCUUGUCUACAUGCUCCAAUCUCUACCUGCAACUCUCACAAACACUCUCGAGGGUGCAGCAAAGAGCUUGUAUGUCACUGUCGAGAGCAGACGCCUGGAUAUGGAGCCCAAAGACGAGAAGUCGAAAUCCGCCGAGGCCGAGAAAAAGGAGGAAUAGACGUAGGUCUGUCCUGUUUGUACUACCACCAGCAAAUUUGUACAGCAAUUUUGUGUUCCUCCAAAAUGAUAUCCAAUCGAUUCUCUACCAUCUGCUUGUUUUCUUCGAAAGAACGUUCUUCAUCGUCAUUCUUCACU